ACCCUCGCAGUCCCGGAACUCUUCCGACGAUCAUCUUUCCUCUCCUUAUCAUAAUAACAAUAAAAAAAAAUGAAGAAAACAGCCACUAAAAAAGGGGAAAAACCCAAUAACAGUUACAGUAAGAAGAUGCCUUCAUUUGGAGGUGAAAAGGACGCAGCUUCACUUGUAAUGGGAGGUAUUGUCGAAAAAGAAUUUAACCAGACGGUUUCGCAACCGCAGCUCACUGUUCUUCCAUUCCCGGUUGCUCGACACCGUUCGCACGGGCCUCAUUGGGCUCCGAGAAGUAGAAAUUUGAGGACUAAUGGGAAAGAUGAGGAAGAUGAUGAUGAUGGAGAAGAUGAAGAAGAUCUUACUAACUUUGAUCUGGUCGCGGCUGAUGCUAAACCUAUAAAAAGGAAACAGAAGAAAGGUUUGGAUAUUAGUGAGUGGAAAGAGCUUAUGAAUGGUGGUGAAACUAAAUAUGCGCAUAAUGUCAAAGAAGAGAAGUUUGAUGGUAAUGGAAAACCACGUGAUGUGAAGAAGGGAUCAAGCAGCACAAAAUUAGAAGUAGCAAAGAGCCAUGAGGAUAUGAUAUGUGAUGUUGGUAUCAACGAUUCCCUGCGUAUUUUUGACCAUGGUAUGCAGACAGCCAAGAAGGCAGAGAACAUAUCUGAAAAUGUGAAGGUGGAAGUUCAGAAAGAGGUUAAGGUAGAUAUGGGCGACUUAAAUAAGCACACAUCACGUAUGACUAGAGGUCUAGACAUUGAGAAGGGUUCUACAAGUAUAGAGAGUGAGAUCGAUGCUGAAAAUCGUGCUCGGUUGGAGAAAAUGUCUACUGACGAGAUUGCAGAGGCUCAGGCUGAGAUAAUGAAGAAGAUGAAUCCAGAAUUGAUAAAGAUAUUGCAAAAGAGGGGGCAGAGCAAGAUGGCUAGGAAAAGUUCUAUUAACUCUGGUGCCAUUGGUUCUUUUGCUGAAGCGGUUCAGGACAAAUAUGAGAAAGAAUCGAUUGUUGAUGAUGGUCAGAACAGGGUUAUAACAAACCCCUUUCAUAGACAAACGGGGUUAGAGAGUAAAGAGAUGCCAGAAGUUAAGUCAUCUGCUAGCAGUUUGUGGGACAUCUGGAGCACAAAUGUCGAGGCCACAAGGGAUUUAAGAUUUUCUUUGGAAGGAGACGUUAUUAACAAAUAUGGUCAGUUUCCAGGUGAUACAAAUGCUGUGGUUAGUUAUGCUCCUGAAAAUGCUUCAGAACGUGACUUUCUUAGAACUGAGGGUGACCCUGCUGCUCUUGGUUACACUAUUAAAGAAGCAUUGGCUCUCACUAGAAGCGUGGUUCCUGGACAACGGGCGCUUGCUUUGCAUCUUCUGGCGGCUGUUCUUUAUAAAGCACAAAAUAAUAUCUUUGGAAACCAGAAAGGUUUGACUUUGAAGUUCAGCAAUCAGAGUAAUGAUGUUGACUGGGAGGCUCUUUGGGCUUUUGCAUUAGGUCCAGAACCCGAACUUGCUUUAUCACUCAGGAUGUGUCUUGAUGAUAACCAUAACUCUGUGGUUACUGGUUGUGCAAGAGUGAUUCAGUGUGUCCUGAGCUAUGAAUUAAAUGAGCUGUUUUUUGAUAUCUCUGAGAAAACUGGAAUGUAUGAUAAGGAUGUCUAUACAGCCCCCAUAUUUAGAAGUAGACCCAAGAUUGAAGUUGGUUUUCUUCAUGGCGGCUUUUGGAAAUACAACACAAAACCAUCCAAUAUUUUUCCUUUUGAUAAGAUUAUGAGGGAUGACGAGGCUGAAGAUGAACAUACUAUUAAGGAUGACAUUGUGGUUGCUACACAGGAUAUUGCCGCUGGUUUAGUUAGAAUGGGUAUCCUUCCAAGAAUACGUUAUCUAUUGGAGUCUGAUCCUUCAGCAGCUUUGGAAGAAAGCCUAUUUAACAUAAUGCUUGCAAUAGCAAGGCAUUCCCCUACAUGUGCAGAUGCAAUCAUGAAAUGUGAUAGGCUCCUUCAAGUCAUUGUCCAGAGGUUCACAACAAAAGACCAAAUGGAUGUUGAUUUUUCAAAGAUAAAGUCUGUUAUCCUUAUAAAGGUACUGGCUCGAUCAGAGAGAAAAAGAUGCAUAGAAUUUGUGAACAAUGGAAUAUUCCGAAAGUUGACGUGGCAUUUGUAUCGCUGUGCAUUUUCUCUUGAUGACUGGAGGAAUAUCAAAGCAGAUAAAUUUAAACUUUUAUCAUCGUUACUGGUGGAACAGUUACGCUUGUGGAAGGUCUGCAUCCAGUACGGCUAUUGUGUCUCUGACUUUUCAGACCUGUUUCCUGUUCUUUACAUUUGGUUAGAUGUUCCCAUAUUUGACCAACUAACUGAAAAAAAGAUUCUUCCUGAAUUCGCCGCCAUUACUAAAGAAGCAUAUCUGGUCCUCGAGGCCUUGACUAGAACACUCCCAAACUUUUACUCAAAAUCUCACAAGGUUGACCAGUCUACAGAAGAUCCCAUGAACGACAUGGAUACUUGGCGAUGGACCCAUGUCGGUCCCAUGAUUGAUUUAGCUCUUAAGUGGGUAUCACUGAAAACUGAGCCAUAUCUAUCUAGCUUAUUUUCCAAAGGAAUAAAGAAAGAAGGAAUGACUUCGCUGUUAUGGGUAAUAUCGUCAGUUAUGCAAUUUCUUUUUGGUGUUCUCAAAAGCGUGGUUCCAGAGGAUAGCUCCAUUAUUAUAUGUGGAAAUCUUCCAUGGCUACCUGAAUUUGUCCCAAAGAUUGGACUUCAAAUAAUCAAAAACGGGCUUCUGAGUUCUCCCCAAGUGAGCGAACGUGGUUCGUUCCUUGAGUUUCUAUGUCAAUAUAGGCAUCAAAAUGAUCAAGAAACAUCAUUGGCUUCUGUAUGUGUUCUUAACUGGUUAAUAAAAGUUAUUGUUUUAGUUGAUAAGUUGAUUCAGCUCGCCGACACUAACACUGAGAUUACCAGUUCAUCUAUCGAUCACCAGAGGUUAGAAGAUGCCAAUAAAGUUCUUACUGAUGGCAUGUUAAAGAGUUCUAUAUCUGAGAUGACAACCUUACUGACAACUUUCAUGAAGUUGACUUCUUCUUCAGCUCAACUAAUGCAAUCUGUUGAGAUGUUUGGAAGAGGUGGUCCUGCUCCAGGUGUCGGUGUUGGCUGGGGGGCUGCCGCUGGCGGGUUUUGGUCUUUAAACAUUUUGAUGGCCCAAAUUGAUGCAAGAAUUGUCCUGCAGUUACUUGAGGUCUUUCUAUAUGAGCCUACUGAAAAUAAAGAAAACCCCACAAACGAAGAGAUAAAUACUAUAUUGGAGAGACUAACUAGUGCUUUUGGCUUAUGUCUACUUGUGGGACCCAGAGAUGAAACUAUAAUGGAGAAGAUAAUCGAUACCUUGCUACAACCUCAAAUUCUCAAGUUUCUUGAUUUUGGCAUUCGCCGUUCCCUUACAUUUGGGUGGCAAUAUACAGAAGAAGAGUACUUGAUUUUUAGUGAUAAUUUAAUUUCUCACUUCAAGAACCGAUGGUUGCAAGUAAAGAAGUCAAAGUCAAAAAUCAAAACUAGAGUUAAUCAACAUGCAACCUCCAAGAAGACCAAAGUUUCUCUUGACACCAUUGAAGAAGACAUGGACACAUCAAACACAAACAGUUCUUUGGUGGCGGAAUGGGCUCAUCAGAGGCUACCACUACCUGAUCAUUGGUUCCUCAGUCCAAUCUCAACUGUUGACUACACUAAAGUGGCCGGUCUUCCUGCCAAACCAAAUGUCCUCGAACUUACCAGAUGUGGGCUGUUCUUUAUUUUAGGUCUUGAAGCAAUGGGAAGUCAUGUUUCUUCUGCUACAUACUCCCUUGGCAGUGUGCCAGUUAUCUGGAAACUGCAUGCUUUAUCUGUAACUUUGUUUUCCGGAAUGGAAAUUCUUGAAGACGAGAAGACCAGGGAUACUUAUAGCAGUUUGCAGGAGAUCUAUGGGCAACUUCUUGACAAAAAAGUGUUAGAAGUUGGACGGGAUAAUAGUGUUGACCUUUUGAGGUUUGACAAGGAGAUACAUGACAGUUAUCCCACAUAUAUAGAAACUCUUGUGGAGAAUUUUGCUGGUGUAUCGUAUGGUGACUUGUUAUAUGGUAGGCAAAUUUCAGUAUAUUUACUUCGUUGUGUUGGAGCUCCAAUUCGACUUGCUGCUUGGAAUGCACUAUCAAAUGUUAGAGCUCUUGAGCUUUUGCCACCACUACAAAAAUGUUUAGCCCAGGAGGAAGGAUACCUAGAACCUUUGGAGGAUGAUGAAAUGAUUCUGGAAGCAUAUGUAAAAUCAUGGGUUUCUGGUGCUCUAGACAGAUCAGUAACUAGACAAUCUGUUGCGUUCUCACUGGUUAUUCACCAUUUAUCAUACUUCUUUUUUGGUAAUAAUGCUGGUGACAGAAAAUCAUUACAAAAUAAGCUGAUCAAAUCUAUCCUCCGAGAUUACUCACGAAAAUCAGAGCAUGAGGAUAUGAUGGUGAAACUCAUAAAAUAUAAGGCAACAACUUAUCAAGGACUAGAUCAAGCAGAAGAUUUGUCACUGCAGGGUCUAGAGAUAGCAAGGAGAUUUACAGUAUUGACUGAAGCAUGUGAAAGGAAUUCUACCCUUUUGAGUGUAGUAGAAAAGCUCAAGAGCGCUCUCCUAAAAACCGAAUAGUUAUGUUGUAGAGGCAACAAGCAACAUGUAACGCAUGACAUGUAAAAUAUGUUAUGGAAUCGUGAACGAUUAUGUUGAAUAUGGGAAACAUUAUGAUUUUGAAAGUAACGGCAAUUUUGGAAA